AUGAUUGCUGACGGAAACAAAGACCUUAAAUGGCUGAAUACGACCACCAACCAAGAAACCAGAUUCAUCGAUCGAUAUCUCGUUACCCAUCUUCAUGUUAAACAGGAGAUAAUGGAUUCAGGAGAAGGUGACACCAAAUGGUGGUUACACCAUCAACCUAAAGAAAAUCCCACCUCUUUCUGGGAACCAUCAUGGGAAACCAUGGAAAUGGAGGAAAAAUAUGCAAAAAUCAAGGAAUUUGAAGCAGAGAAAAAGAGUCAAGAUGAACUGAGCAAGGCUGAGCUUUUGGAAGCACUUUGCCAUUCUCAAACACGAGCAAGGGAAGCUGAAAAAGCUGCACAAAAAGCAAACAAUGAAAAAGAAGACAUGAUCAGUCAGUUUAUGAAGCAAGCUUCACAGCUAUUUGCUUACAAGCAAUGGUUUCGUAUAUUGCAACUGGAAGCUACUAGGAACAGUAAGUAUCAUCAGCAAAGGGUUUGGAAGAGGAAGAAGAAAGAGAAGUCUGGCUCUGGAUCAUCAAGAUACAAAAAUGGAAAGUCUUUUGGGAGCUUUGUUUUGGGUUUGAGUCUUGGUGGUGCGGGUUUCUUACUUGGUUGGACAUUGGAUCUUGUCUGGUAUAUAGAUGUGUUUGUUUAUAAUCUUGAAGGAUUUCUGAUGUCUGUAAAUAGGAUGUUGAAGUUGGAAAUAAAAAUGGAUUCCGUUGCUCCUGCGAUUGAAAAAGAUGCCCAAAAAACUAUUCCAUCUCCAUGGGAAUUCAGCUGUGAUUUGGAAGUAGAUUUUAAGUCUGAUGAAAAUGCUGGCAUAGUAUAUUCAACGCUAGCUGUUGACAAGGAGCUUCAACCAGAUAAAGUCAAGCGGCUGAUGUCAGUGUCUGAUGGGAAACUUUCUGUGCAUUUUGAAGCAGUUGAAGCAAGAUUUCUUCGUGCAUCAUAUAGCGCUUUUCUGGAUGCCUUAACUCUAGCCACAAAAACCAUCGAACAAUUUGGUGAUGUUGAGCAUCAAAACAUGUAGUGUUAUUAAUUUACUGUAUUAUAUACUUGUUGGAUUUUAGUUGUUGUAGCUUAAUGAUAUUUGAAUUUUUGGGAGAGAUGUGUGUAUGUGUCAUUCGAUUAAACAUUAUGUUAUAUAAUGAUGAUGAGAAUUGAGAAACGUAAUGUUGUUGACGAGAAUAAUAAAAUAAUACAUUCUAUCUAUCACUUGAUGGACUUAAACAAGAUUACAACAAGCACAUGUGUAUGCCAACUUUUCAGUUGGGGUUUUUGUUUAAUAUUCAUCCAAGUAAGUGUAAAGCGUGUCAUCUUUCUUAGACUUGCGUCUACUAAGCAAUGCCUUGAGCAAUCGUUUACUUUUGC